GGUGAAAAAGAGCGAUGAAUGUCCCUCACUACAUCGGUGUUGAUGUUGGCACUAGCAGUGUCAGAGCCGCAGUUGUGAAACAAAAUGGCAAAAUUGUAGCCAAAUCCACCGAGAAGAUUAAGAUAUGGGAACCAGCUGCCAACUUUUAUCUUCAGUCAUCAGAAAACAUCUGGAGGGCGGUGAUUCAAGCUGUCAGGACAGUGGUGGAUCAAUCAGGGGUGUCCAAAAACUUCAUUCAUGGUAUUGGGUUUGAUGCGACAUGUUCUCUAGUAGUUCUUGAUAAGGAGGGAGAGCCUGUUUCAGUUUGUCCAAAAGAUUUAGAGAAGAUUCAUUCCUACUCUGGUAAGGAUUGUGACAUCAUCAUGUGGAUGGAUCACCGAGCUGAGGACGAGGCAAAGUUUAUAAACUCAACCAAGCAUGAAGCCUUAAAAUGUCUGGGUGGACACAUGUCUCUGGAGAUGCAGCCACCAAAACUCUUGUGGCUUAAAAAGAAUUUACCAGACAGUUGGAAAAAGGCGCAUCAUUUCUUUGAUCUUCCAGACUUUCUCACCUGGAAAGCCACAGAAAGCUCAACAAGAUCCCUGUGUUCAUUGGUUUGUAAGUGGUCUUAUCAUGCAGACAAUAAGGGCAUUCAAGGAUGGAAUCAGGAUUUCUAUAGGACUAUAGGUCUGGAGGAUCUACUACAAGAUGAUGCCAAGAAAAUUGGGACAAAGGUUCAGUCACCUGGAACACCUUGUGGAAGUGGCCUUUGUGACUCUGUAGCCAUAGCAAUGGGGCUGAAGGCCGGGACCCCUGUGGGAACCUCCAUUGUAGAUGCACAUGCUGGUGUGUUAGGAUGUGUGGGAUGCAUUCCUAAAGAAUGUGCCAAUCCUGAUCCUUUACCAUUACCAGACCUCACAUCCAGAAUGGUAGUUAUAUCAGGAACCUCAGUCUGUCACAUGAUUAUGAGCCAGAAUCCUUAUUUUGUUCCUGGAGUCUGGGGGCCGUACUACUCUGCUAUACUGCCUGGUCUGUACAAUGCUGAGGGUGGUCAGAGUGCAGGUGGUCAACUGAUAGAUAAGUUGAUUGAGUCUCACCCUGCUUACACUCAAGCUGUAAGAGAAGCAGAAACUCUCAAAAAUAAACCAGUUCAUAUUCAUGAUUACCUAAACAACUGCCUUAAUACUUAUAUGCAACAAGAUGAACUGCCAUUUGUCAGUCACUUAGCCAGAGAUUACCAUGUUUAUCCAGAUUUCCAUGGCAACAGAUCACCUUUAGCAGACCCUACACUCAAGGGUAUGAUAUGUGGAAUGUCGUUGUCUAUGAAUGUGAAAGAUCUUGCAAUACAAUACCUAGCCACCGUACAAGCUCUGGCUUAUGGGACCAGACAUAUUAUUGAUGAGAUGAAGAAGGCGGGUCAUUCAGUUGAUAUUAUUUAUAUGUGUGGAGGUCUGAGUAAAAAUCGCCUUUACAUGGAAACUCAUGCAGAUGUUUUAGGCAUUCCUGUGGUUCUUCCUGAUGAAGAAGAGCUAGUAUUGGUUGGAUCAGCAAUCCUUGGAGCAAGUGCUUCCAAGGACUUUGGAACAAUCCAGGAUGCUAUGCUGACUAUGUGUGGAGAAGGAAAAAUAAUCAGGCCAUCAGAGUCACAGACUGGGUUCCAUGAUAAAAAGUACAAAGUGUUCAGAAAAAUGGCAGAGGACCAGUACAAAUAUAAAUCAAUCAUGGAAAGUUGAUUAUUAAAAAGACCCUUUUCAUAUGCAGAGCAAUUUCUAGAACAUAGAUUUUAGGCAUAUACAUGUAUAACUUGGUUUUAGCUCUAUAGGUAAAUCAUAUACGGUACUAAUUUUGAUGCACCAGAUGCACAUUUUGACAAAUUAUGUUUCUUCAGUGAUGCUCAUGCCAAAAUGUUGGAAAUCCAUAAUAUGUUAAAAAGACUGAAGAGCUGAAAAAAAAGGAUGCCAAAGACUGGAGCCUAAUACGUC